AUGACUAAGGUCGACUACCUUCAGGGAAAGUUGGCCGAAAUAGAACUCGGUAUCAGGCAGUGGCAAGGUGUAUGUCUGAGGAGUACGCUCGGGUCGUGUCAGGAUGAGCCGACGAAAGUGUCCGGGAAAUACCUGGUCCAACUUGGGCCGAACAAGAAGCCGUUCGAGGUGUUCUGCGAGCAGACCAGCUUCGGCGGCGGCUGGACGGUGGUUCAGCAUCGCUUCAACGGUUUGGAAAACUUCUACCGGAACUGGACCGAGUAUCGCGAUGGCUUCGGCAGCCUCGGUGGCGAGUUCUGGCUCGGGCUGGAGCGUCUGUACGAGAUUACGUCGCGGCGACCGCACGAGCUGAUGGUGGAGGUGAAAGACUUCCAGGGAAACUACGGGUACGCGCUCUACAAGGAGUUCGAAAUCGGCGCUGAAGUCGAGCAGUACCGGAUGAAGAAGUUGGGCCUGCAGAGCGGCCCGGCCGGAGACGCGCUCCGGGUGAACCAGGGGCAGAAGUUCUCGACCGCCGAUCGGGACAACGAUGCCAACAGUAACUCCAACUGUGCCGUCGCCCUCAAAGCGGGCUGGUGGUUCUUCUCCUGCACCAACAGCAACCUUAAUGGGCCAUACAACAACACCACGGAUGUGUGGAAUGCGAUGACCUGGUACCAUUUUAAGAACGACAAUCGCCCGUUGGCCUACUCGAGGAUAAUGAUUCGCGCCGUUUAG